AUGCUCGCCCCUGCCUUGGUGGUAGCGCUGGUCGCGGCGGUGGAGUGGCAGACGAACCCCACGCCCGCGCCGCCUGCUGUGGCGACAGCGUGGGCCGAGGAGGUCGCGGGGGCCUGCGACGAGGCCUCAGCGGCCGCGCUGCGGGCCGAGGUCGCGGCCUUGGUGGCCUCGGCGGUGCCCGCACCGCCGCCCCUGCCGCCGCCGCCUCCGGCCUGCAGUGCCUGCACCUGCCGGGACGCGGGCGAGGACAGGGAGGUCGUAGCGCUGCUGUGCCACCUGCUGCUGAGCGUCCUGUCACCGGCCUGGGCGGUGCUUGCCGAGCGGCGUGUGGAGGCGCGCCCGCCAGUGGACCCGCUCGUGUACGCAUUCUUUCGGCAGAAGGCGACGUGUGGGAAGAGAUGCUGUCGGGCCGACGGACCUGCUGGAGGCGACCGCCUUCCGGCUGGCAGCGGGUCCCCUUCGGACGGCGGAAGGCUAUGCGGCUUCCGUGAGUGCCCAGGGUCCGCGCAGUUGGUGGAGCUGGCGGACGGCUGCUGGCAGGAGAUGGAGCAGCGUGGGCAGGUGGUCUCCGACGACCCAGCCCAAGUGGAGCUCCCGUCGGGCAAGAGGGUGGGCAGCAUGAGCGUCUUCCCUGUGGCGGCGGCGCCCUGGCCCCCGCCCCGCCUCCUCGGCAAGCGGCCGCUGUUGGAGGCGGACGGCGGCGACGCCGCCGACGCUGGCGGCUCGGCGGUGGUGGGGCUGGACGCGGGGUCGCCCCCGCCCCCGCCCGAGGGCCGCGCGUGGGUGCUGGCGGAGCCUGUGCCCGGGCUCGACAUCGGGACGAUCUUGGAGCCAAGGAGUGAGGAGCUGAUCGGCGCGGGUGAAGACGCCACGUGGCUUCGACGCGGGCGAGCCCUCCGCCUCGAGCAGAUGGGGCCUGGCGAAGUGCUGGGGUGGACGGCGCGGCGCGUGGCCGAGCUGGGCCGCCUCUUGGGUGUGCGCGUGGCCGUGCCGCCGCCCGCGCUGCUGCCCCCAGCCGUGAGUGCCGAGGCGGCCGCGCCUGGGAGCGGAGGCCCGGCUUUGCGCGCCCCCGUGGGGGCCGCAGACGGAGCUGAGCCUGCCAAGGGCGGCGGGCCCGCCGCCGUGGCGCUGGGUGAGGCCGCCUCGGACGACGCGCGCGCGCUCUCGGUCGAGUGGGAUGGCCAGCGCGGCAAGUUCAUAGAGUUGAGGAAGGCGGUGGGAGAGUCGUUGAGCUACGGCUGGGGUCACCAGCGCUCGGUUUUUUUCGACCAGGUGAACCUCGGGGGGCUUGCCUGCCUGGAGGUGAUCGUGCGCCGCCUCAACGCCAUCGUGGAUGCGUAUAAGCGGGGUGGCGCCCCGUCCUUCGCCAACGCCAAGUACCUGGCUCCCAUGGGCGAGGCGGACGAGCUGCUGGUGCAGGCGCUGAGGAGCCAUGUGACGAGGCGGGCGAAGGAGGACUGGAAGGUCGAUCAGUCGAUGAAGAAGGCUGAGGCCGCCGACGCCCGGGCGGGCGCGGCCUCGGCGGGCGCUGCUGGCGGCGGCGCCAGCGCAGCGGGGGCCGGCGGCGGGGGUGGCAAGGGGCUCGGGCGCGGCGGCCGUGGCCGUGGCGCGAGGGUCGAAUUUGUGAGUCGCGCCCUGUUCGGCCUGGAGUGGAUGGCUGGCUUCAUGGGCGCGGCCGCUUCACCGAGUCUGGGCGCGUCUACUCUGGACAAGCAUGCAGUCCUUCAGCAGCGCCUGUUGCGAGAAGCUCAUCGGCGCCGGGCCGCAGCUCCUCAGGUGUUGCCGAGCGCGGAGGCAGCCAUCAGGGAGCUUUUCCUGGGGCAGUCCGUGUAUGAGACGAACUCGACACCGAGGAAUUACGUCUCCUUCCAGCCCGGCAAGGUCUCGCCCCCCGAAUGUGUGCGCAGCUGCCGCUUCCUCGAUGACAUGGGGGCUCGGAGUGCCGUUCUUAUUUGGGAGAAGACCACGAGCGGAUGAUAUUGGAGCCGGAGGCAGUCGACCUCGACAGCAUGCCCCGGUUGUACAUGGACCCGGUGCCGAAGAGCAAUUCAAAGUCUUAUCGUGUUCUGGGCGCGGACUUCUGGGGGCGGCGGCCAGGCCCGCCGAGUCGGGGGGGUUGUUCUUUGUGGCGAAAGCCGGGCAGCCGAGCUGCGUCCUGAUAUCGAUAAUCGAUGCGAGAAGAAGUAACUCUCGCAUCAGGUCUCCGCCUGGAAUGCGGCCCCUUAGCUGCGAGGGUUUCGGCCAGUUUGAGAUCGAGUUGCCGCCGGGGGUAUCCCGUUCGUCGGCCGAGAGCCGGCGGCUGCUGGACUCGUCCACCGUGUGCGUGGCCACGACGGAUGUGAAAGAUUGUUUCUAUCGGGCGCGAGUGCUGGAGGACCUCGGCCGCUACUUCAGCCCGCCGGCCGUCCCCGAGCACAUGUUCGACGGGCUGAGCGUUCGUGGCCUUCGGGCCGGCGCCCCGCCAGACCCGAGGGCCCGGCCUUGCCUGGCCGCGCUGCCCAUGGGUCUUGCGUGGUCUUUCUGCUUCGCCCAGGCCGCCAAUAGGGCGGGAUGUGCUGGAGUCCAAGUUUGCAGAGCGCGGCGUCGGCGAGCAGGC